UGCAUGCGAGAGGUACAGGGUUCGGUCCCCUGCACCUCCAUCUUUUUUCCCCCUUUGCAGUUUUCUUAUUUUUCCUUAUCCCGAACUCGUCUUUUUUUCUCCAACUCUCCCUCGCAUUAUUUUGCAAAUUGCAUGAGUACAUUCCAUUUCACUUAUCAAUGGCGUUUGCACUUCCUUUCUUCAACCUUGCUCCAGAUUUGACCGUCUCCAAACUCUGCCUAGGAACCAUGACUUUUGGUGAGCAAAACACGUCAGCGGAAUCAUUUAAACUCCUCGACAAAGCAUUCAACUCCGGAGUUAACUUCUUCGAUUCUGCUGAAAUGUGUGUUCGGGAGUUCAACUGUGAAAAAAAGUAUCCAGUACCCCAGCGUGCAGAAACUCAUGGAAGAAGUGAGGAGUAUUUUGGACGUUGGAUUAGAGAAAGAAAAGUCCCUCGCGAUAAUGUUGUUUUGGCCACAAAAGUCAGUGGACCAUCUGGACAAAUGUCUUGGAUUCGAAAUGGACCAGAAAGCUUGGAUGCUCAGAACAUAACUGAAGCUAUUGACAAUAGCCUGUUGCGUAUAAAGACAGACUACAUUGACUUGUAUCAAAUUCACUGGCCUGAUCGCUAUGUUCCUAUGUUUGGAGAAACUGACUAUGAUCCCCUGCGACAUUAUACGCCAGUAAGUUUUGAGGAACAACUUGAUGCUCUAGAAAGAGCUGUUGAUGCUGGUAAGAUCAGAUACAUUGGCCUUAGCAAUGAAACACCAUAUGGCAUUAUGAAGUUCCAACAAGUUGCCAAAAGUAAAGCAGGGAAUCUUCAAAUAGUGUCUGUUCAGCUUCUUUCAUUUCAGAAUGCAUACAACUUGUUAUGUCGAAAUUUUGAUUUAGCUAUGGCUGAAUGCUGUCACAAUGAGAGGAUAAGCUUGUUAGCCUACAGCCCUCUGGCCAUGGGCAUACUUUCUGGAAAGUACUUUGCUGAAGAUGGAGGUCCAUCUAAUGCUCGUUUAAAUCUGUUUAAAGGGAGAUAUAAGGAAGGGGAGUCCAGAUACGACCUGUCAAAAUCCAAUGUUUUAGGUGCUGCCAAAUCAUACAUAGAUAUUGCAGACAGAUAUGACAUUCAUCCAGUUUCUCUUGCAAUUGCCUUCAUUAUGAGACACCCUCUUGUGGCUAGUGUGGUCUUUGGAGCCUCGAAAGUUUGGCAGCUUGAAGAGGUUCUUGAUGCGUGUAAGGUCAAUCUCAGUCAUGAGAUAAUUACAGAGAUUAACACGGUGCACUUGAGGUUCCCAAGCCCUUGUCCAUAAUAAUCAAUAUCCCUGCUCGUAAAGAGGCAAGUAUAAAUGGACUGCUGGUUCAGAUUGUCGGGCUGACUAGGUCUAGUUGGGUCAUUUCACUCUCACAACUAGCGUCCAAGAACUAAAAGUCACUUGACUUUAAGGAAAGGAGCCACCUUUCUCUUUCUUUCUUCUUCCGGUCAGGACACGUGGGUUCGUUCAUUUUGUCCUCCUAUCUAUGCAACUCUCUGUUUUUGUACGUGAUCAUGUUUGACGAAAGGAAGUUGUGAUUUCUGGCUAGAACAUUAGGACUUGAUCAUUAAUCUACGGUCCAACAUUCAGGAUCCUUUCCACUUACAAUUGAAGCAUUGCAGUUCUAAAAUUAUGGAUUAAUAAUAUAAUAUUUGUUGAUAUAUUAGUGAUUUUCACCUGAA